AUGUUCCGUCUUGUAAGACCCCGGCGUGGUUUGCCCUUCGAGCCCAUGGCAUUAUCAACCUUUGAUGUAUUCGAGCGUGCGGCCACUGCAGCCUCGCCGUCUGGUAGCAGCCCUCAAGGACCUCCGUAUUUCGUCUCACCAAAGCAUGAUGGGGUUCGGAUUGUAUCGUACGUGCCUCCCCAAGCCGAGUCAACAAAGUCGACGUGCUUCUCGCGCUUUGGUCGCCCCAUUUAUGGGGUGACGUGGAUUGAAGAAGAACUGCGGCUUCUUCGGUGGCUUAGUGGUGACCCGCGACUGGUCCUCGAUGGUGAGCUUUACAUCCACCGCUCACACAACCCGCGCACUGCGUCCAGCGGUGCUACCCAGACGGGGUUCCUUGCGGUCUCAGCUCUGGUCCACCGUCUCCGGUCCGCAAAGUCCGCUUGUUCUUCGGAAGAUGAAGUGCUCAGGUAUGUGGCAUCACUCCCCAUCAUGUGUGUAUUUGAUAUUGUUUCGCUUCAACCCAACGAGAGGGUGAAACUCGGAGGCGACAAGAGUGGUAGGGGAAUCCCACGGAUAGAGAAGGAACGGUUGGCUAUCUUGCGCGGGGUCAUGGAGGCCAACCACAUCUCCGACCUGGAAAUGGUUCGUGUUAUUCCCAAUCACUCCGUUUUCUCGCAACGCCUUAAGGCACUGCAUUUUCUUGCCAGCCUUCUGGAGCGGGCACGGGCUUCCUCAACCCUUUUCCCUGAACGGAUGUCUAGCGCAGUGGAAGAAUGCAGUGGUGCGGAGCCUGUACGCGAACCUGUGCCUGCUUACCAGGGUAUCGGCGGCAAGUAUGUGAAGCUCGUUCCUUACACACUGAUUACCUCGCUUGAAGAGGUCCGAACUGUGUAUCUUGACAAAUACCUCUCAACUGGCUACGAGGGUGCUGUGGUUCGUAGUGCAUCAAACGUGUAUGAAAUCAGGGAGAAGGAAAAGAAGGUACUUCAAGGCCUGCUGGAUCCCUUGAUUACUUCCUUGAAACCUUCCCUGUUUGCUCUACAUAGUAGGAAUGAGUCGAGGCGGAAUGGAGCGCGUGUCACGGGGGGCACACGGCUCCUUCGCGUGCACUCCGAAGGCGAGUGCGUGGUCACCUGCGACGCUCCGGGUGCAACUGAAACCGACACUUCCGAUGGAAAUAAAAAUGGAGCCGGGAGCGAUGAAGCUGCUGAUCACAGGGAAAUUGUGGAGAAGGUGCUUCGGCGAGCCAAAACGAAUGGCCGCCGCAGUCCAACUGCAGCAAAACUCCUUCCGUUUGCGGACAAGGAGUACGCCAUCUUGAGGCCCCUUCUCAAACCCCCCACAGCAGACGCACGGUCGCGGAGUUUUUUGCGUAUACCCGUCUCCUCACUUCAUGAAAGCCUUGGCGUUUCGGCGCCGAGAACCCCGCAGGGGAGGGCUGCAAUGAAGGGUAACAACAGCGACACUGUCAUCUUCUAUGGGGUUCAGUGCCUUAGCGACACGGGACGUGUAUUCAAUGUUUCCCUGCCAAAAAUGAAUGCUGAGAACCAGCAAGCUCUCUUGCGACAUCUGCUGGAUGUUACUGGCGGCCGCAAGGGUGGCGGAACUCCGGCAUCGGGGCGUACUAAUAAACGGUCGUUGACAGGUUUGUACGCGACUGUAAAAUACCAGUCGCUUACAGAGUACGGCGUUCCACGGUUUGGCCAGGUGAAGGGAAUACGGGGUGGCAAGGGGUGGUUCGUGUGA